AUGCUCAACCACCCGGGGCGCCCGGGUAAGCUGUACUGCGGUUUGGUGGCGCUGUGCUACAUGGCCCUCGCGGUGGCGCUGCUCUUCUUCAACAAGGCGGCGCUGUCCUCGUACAAGUUUCCAAACGCCAACGUCAUCACGCUCGCGCAACUGGCGUGCUCCAACGUCCUUCUGUACGCGUUUCGGAAGCUCGGUUGGGUCCGAUUUACCGACGACGUCGCGCUGAUUCCGCGCGACUGCAUCGACGCCAAGUCGGGGUUCCCCACGCAGAAGAUGUUCCGCCGCGUCGCCCCCUUAUCGGCCGCGUACAUGGUGUACAUGCUUCUGUCGAUGGCGUCCGUUCGCGGCGUCUCCCUGCCGAUGUACACGACGCUGCGACGGACCACCGCGGCGUUCACGAUGGGGGCGGAGUAUUUCCUCGCCGGGACGUCGCAGCCCGCGGUGGUGGUCCGGGCGGUGGGCCUGAUGGUCCUCGGGGCGUUCGUGGCGGGACUCCACGACCUGGAGUUUAGCGUUACGGGGUACGCGUACGUGUUCGCGAACAACGCGGCGACGGCGGCGUACCUGGCGUGCAUAGCGCGGUACGGUCGGACCAGCGGGUUGAAUUCGUUUGGCAUGAUGUGGUGCAACGGGAUGAUGUCGCUCCCGGCGCUGACGACGAUGACGCUGCUCACCGGGGAGCUGCAGAGUCUGCACAACUACGGGCACCUGUACGACCCGGACUUCCAGAGCGUGCUGAUGGCGUCGUGCGUCCUGGCGUUCAGUCUGAACUACGCCAUCUUCCUCAACACGAGCCUAAACUCGGCGCUGACGCAGACGAUUUGCGGGAACCUUAAAGACGUGGUGGUGAUACUGGUGGGUUACCACACGUUCGGGGGCGUGGCGUUCGAUCCGUUGAACUUUCUGGGGAUCCUGCUCGGGUUUGCGGGGUCGGUGUCCUACGCCUACGUCAAGCUGGUGCGGUGA